GCCCCGCGCCUGCAGUCGCCGCAAUGCUGUGGUUGCUGGUAGCGCCGCUGGCUCUGGCGCUCGCCUACUUCGCGAUGCUGGACGGCUGGUACCUGGUGCGCGUGCCGUGCGCCGUGCUGCGCGCGCGCCUGCUGCAGCCUCCGGUCCGCGACCUGCUGGCGGAGCAGCGCUUUGCCGGCCGCGUGCUGCCCUCGGACCUGGAUCUGCUGCUGCACAUGAACAACGCGCGCUACCUGCGCGAGGCCGAUGUAGCGCGCGCCGCGCACCUGACCCGCUGCGGCGUGCUUGGGGCGCUGCGCGCGCUCGGGGCGCGCGCCGUGCUGGCCGCCUCUUGCGCGCGCUACCGCCGCUCGCUGCGCCUGCUGGAACCCUUCGAGGUGCGCACCCGCCUGCUGGGUUGGGACGACCGCGCCUUCUACCUGGAGGCGCGCUUCGUCAGCUUGCGGGACGGCUUCGUGUGCGCACUGCUGCGCUCCCGCCAGCACGUGCUGGGCACCUCGCCGGAGCGCGUCGUGCAACACUUGUGCAAGCGCAGGGUGGAACCCCCGGAGCUGCCUGAAGACUUGCGGCAUUGGAUUGCCUACAAUGAAGCCAGCAGCCAGCUGCUCCGCGCCGAGAGUGGGCUCAGCAGCGCCACCAAGGACCAGUGA